CGUCCAGAAGACGUAUUAGACGUGAAAACGAAACAGCGUCAUGACAAAGACUGUCAAUGUUUUCAUUUGUCCACUGUAUUUUAUUGUUAAAAACAUCGGCUGAUACACUCAAUAAAAUGUCGAUAUUUCGGAAGCUAAUGCGGCGAAAAUCACAUAAAAUAGAAAAUGAAGACGUAAAGGAAACGGAACAAGAUACCCAAAACCUUGUUGAGUCCAAAUUAAGACUGGACAACGAUGGCGACUUCGAGGUUGAGAUUCGACAACCACCAUAUUCUAUGGACAAGAUAAAGUCUAAAAAUUCAAGGAAACAAUUGAAUCGACAGUCCACUUCCGAAGACGACGUUUACGGGCCUUACAAGCCUUCCUUUGCGGAAGAGGUAACGGAAGCGGAGACAGAACGGGAGUCUACGGAUAUGACAUCGUCCUCCAGCACGGAAGACGAAACAGAGUCUUUUAGAUUUGAUAACAAAACACUGAUUUUAAUAGACAAGAAUACCAGAAUGAUGUCGAAAUUAGAAAAGUUAAGAAAGCAAAGAGAUCGCUUGAAGCGCCAACAGAAUGAAGUCAUAUGUAUGGAGAAGGAGAUUCGCCACGUCAUCGACCUUAUAGCCAGGGCCAAGGUGGACACUGAAGCAUUGAAACACGACGCCCUGAUGAAAAAAUGCGAGCUUAAAUAUCUCGCAAGUCAAGUACCCGAGGGUUUCGACAUGGAAGCUCGUCAGAAGGCGACGGCGCUCUACAGGCGCUACAGCCACAUUCGGUCGCUCCCGGAAGCCAAGGCGCUCCUGCAGCACAUCCGGCAGAAAGUUCGGACGCUCCAGUACAUAGAGCUGCUCACGUACAACAAGGCGAUGGAAUUUCAACAUGGCUUGAAGAAGGCCAGCGUGAAAAAUGCCUUCAGCGAAAUGCUUCAGAAGAAUCCACAGCCGCUCGACGCCAUUGUCGACGCACUCCGCCGUACCUCCGAGGCGUCCAUGGCGAACACCACGACAAUGAGUGCGCUGAGUGCGUCAGCGACGACGGCGACGUCAAACAUAACAAGUAAUUCAGACGCGCAAUCCGGAUUGUCUAGCACUCCGGCGACCACCACAGUGACUAUCGAAUCGCAGGAGGCGGCGAUCGUGCCGACGUCUUACCCAGAUUCGCCCGUAGUGCAGUCGUCCCCCUCAACUCCCCCAGUACAGCCCGUGUUCGGACCUUUCUCUUUCCGGGCACCGACACUCGAGACUAUGAUAUAGUGUGCUCGAUUAUAUCCUCCCAAACACGCAGUCAUGAUAUCUUGCAAAAUGCAAUUAUUUAAAACGUUGCAGUAAUUGGAAACCAAUGUGAAGGUUACACUGAAAGUUUGAAUAAACAAACGGCAAAUUUAAA